GGUGGCGGGUCGAUGGCGGUCACCGGGGCUCACCGGCGAAUGAGGUAGCCGCCCGCAUUGAAAUGCUGGCUGCGACGAUCGGGUUUUUUUCCCGGGCGUGCCGUCAUCAGCACGGCGUCACCGUCCGGUGACCUGGCACCCCCAAGGCAGGACGUGCGUCAUCAAGAGCGCGACGAUUUUCCGCUUUCACCCAGGCAGUGACUGGAUCCUAGAAGAGGAGGAGGAGGAGGAGGGGGUUCGGGGGCAAGAUGGUCUCUCUGGAGGAAUGUGGGGUCUCCAGUUAAAGGGGCAAGUCCUCCCACACCCUUGUUAAAGGCACCAACUGAUUGUUUCUUUUUUAAGCCGGCCAAAAAAAAGUAGAAUUUGCCUCUGCAUUUAAUUUCUUUGAUUUUUUUUUUUCCUCUUUCAUCUCUGGGGAUUUGUGCCCAGACACACACACGUACACACCGCCACCACCCCCUCUUCUACCCAACCUCGCCCUUAACCACAUCACCCCCCCUCCCCCGCCACCCCUUGCCCUCCACUGUUACAGCCAUGAAAACUGCUGGGGUGAAAGGAGAAGAGGAGGAGGAGGAGGACGAGAACGGUAACGGAGUGGGCUUGGCUUACCCAGACUGGGCCUACAAGCCUGACUCCAGCCCCGGGAGUCGCCAAGUCCAGCUCUGGCACUUCAUCCUGGACCUGCUGAGGAAAGAGGAAUAUCGAGAAGUCAUUGCCUGGCAAGGAGAUUACGGAGAGUUUGUCAUCAAAGACCCAGAUGAGGUCGCUCGGCUCUGGGGAAGGAGGAAAUGUAAACCUCAGAUGAACUAUGACAAGCUCAGUCGGGCCCUCAGGUAUUACUACAACAAGAGAAUUCUCCACAAAACCAAAGGGAAACGAUUUACUUACAAGUUUAACUUCAAUAAAAUGCUGAUGGUGAACUAUCCCUUUAUCGAUGUACGAGGAUCUGGUGCCGUUCCCCAGAGUGCUCCCCCGAUUCCCACUGGCUCCUCCCUGUUCCACUUCCCAGGCCCAGAGCCUGUGUCCCCAGGUUGUUGCAGUGGGACUGUCACUCCCCGAGGCCGUGGGCCCCCAAUCUCUGUGGUUGCGGAUCAGGAGGGAUCAGAUAGCAGGGCUCGCUUCCCAUCAGGCAGCCUCCCCAUCCGCCUGUACCCGGAUCCAGGCAGCCCCUUCUCACCGGGUCCCCUUCCAACUCCAGCCCCAGGCUUCGGACUGAGCCCUGGCCCAGGCCCAUGCCCCGGGGGCCGCUUCAGCUUCAACCCCGAGGAGAUGAGCCUGUGGCUACAGGCCCACGCCCGCUCCGUCUACCACUACCACCUGAGCCCUCGCUCCUUCCCCUUUCCCCGCUACCCUACUCCUGCCCCCGCCACCGACGAUGAGCCCCCUGCCCCCAGCAUCAGGCUACAGGCCCCGCCGCCAGGCCGCAAGCCCCGGGCUGAGCCCCAGGGGGCGCAUUUCGCCAAGCCGGCGCCGCCUCCCACGGCGGAACAGCCGGCUGGCUCCAGCCCUGGGAUAGGGGCCGGGGUCUGUCCUCUAAGAGGCCGGGGGUCCGAGCACAGCAGCUCCAUGCCCCUCAAACUGCGUUUCAAGAGGCGCUGGGUGAGCGAGAAUGGUGUGGAGAAGGCCCCAGGCCUGGGACCAGCCCCCUCCCCUUCCCCCUCCCCCUCCUCCUCCUCCUCCUUCUGCCCUCCUGCCUCUGAGGGAGCUGUCCCCCCAGCCUCUGAGGAGGAAGAGGGGCAGUGCAGGCUGAAGCCAGGCUGCUCCGGGGGGCUCACGGACUGAGGGAAGGAGAGAGAGAGACAAAGAGAGAGAGAGACUGGCGAAACAGUGAGGGCGACUCAUCAAGAUCAUCAACAUCCCCCUGAGCAGGUCUUCUACAAACAACAUCUCACCUCCUGCCUUCAUAACCCUUCCUCUUCCUCCCCUUGCUCUCUCUGCCCCCUCCUCCCCCCGCUCUCUCUCCCCCCCCCCGCCCCUCCCCUCGCUCUCUCUCCCUUCGUGUCCCCCCCUCUCCUCUGCCCCUUACUCACUCCCUACCUCCUUUACUCACCCCCUGUGACUCCCCUCUCAUUCCCCCACCCUAUUUACUCUGCUCCUUCCUUUACUCACUCACGUAACUCCUCACGCCCCCACUUCGUCCACUCCCCCUUCACUCGUUCACUUCCCACCCUCCGACUGCUCGCUCCCUCUCUUCACUCUUCCUAAACACAUCCCUCACUCCCCUCAUGCCCCUCACAUCCUGCUCUCCUCCCCUUCUUUCCUUAUUCCUCACCCCUCUCCUUCCCCUCAUUCCCUUUGCACCAUCUCCUCACUCCGUCCCCACUAACCUCACCCCUUCCACACACCCCUUCUUCCUCCCUUGUACUCCCUUCUCUGCCUACUCCCCUCGCUCUGCCCCUCAAUCCCUCACCUUGCACCUACCCUCACUCCUUCUCCCUCACACUGCCCGGUGUGUGUAAAGGGGGAGGGGGGUGGGUGAGAGGGUUAAUCCCCCUCCGAUAGGGGAACAGACUGC